AUGGAGCAUGGAAGGCAUGAAGAAAUUCAUGAAGAUUUGCCUUUGUCCCCUCCCACCUUGGGCUCUAUGCAAAUUGCAGGCAGCAAUGGCUUUGGCCAUAACAUAGACUUCAUGCCUCAAGCUUACCUCACAAGUCGAAGCUCAGAAAUCGACAUUGUUGAUGAAACAUCACAUUCAUAUAUAAACCACCCCCUUCCAAUAUUUCUCAAGUUUGCAGAUGUGGAGUACAAGGUGAAGAUUAGCCAGUCAGCUUUCAAGAACCCUGUUAAGGCAGUGGUGUCAAAUGUGGCUUCACAGGUGAAAAGUGAGCAAGAGAAUUAUAAGCAGAUACUGAAGGGCAUCACAGGAAGCAUAGGGCCUGGGGAAAUUCUUGCCUUGAUGGGGCCUUCUGGGAGUGGGAAAACAACACUGUUAAGGAUACUAGGAGGCAGAUUGCGCGAAAAUGUAAAGGGAACUAUAACCUACAAUGACAUUCCAUACAGUGCUGCUCUUAAAAGGAGGGUGGGGUUUGUGACACAAGACGACGUGCUUUUUCCACAACUGACAGUGGAGGAAACCUUGGUGUUUGCUGCAUUUUUAAGGUUGCCAAGCGACAUGAGCAAGCGAGAAAAAUAUGAAAGGGUUGAGAUGAUUAUUAAGGAAUUAGGCCUUGAAAGAUGUCGACAUACAAGAGUUGGAGGAGGAUUUGUGAAGGGAAUUUCCGGGGGAGAAAGAAAACGAACCAGUAUUGGGUAUGAAAUUCUUGUUGAUCCUUCAUUACUAUUGCUCGAUGAACCAACUUCGGGCUUGGACUCCACCUCUGCAAAUAGGCUCCUUCAGAUCCUCCAACGUCUCUCAAAGGCAAGAAGGACGAUUAUCACAACAAUCCACCAGCCUUCGAGUAGGACAUAUCACAUGUUUGACAAGAUUUUGUUAAUAUCAGAAGGAUCUCCGGUCUAUUAUGGGAAAGCUAGAGAGUCGAUGGAAUACUUUUCGUCUUUAAGAUUCAUCCCAGAAAUAGUGAUGAACCCUGCAGAAUUCUUGCUUGAUUUAGCAACUGGACAAGUUAAUGACAUAAGUGUUCCUGAAGAUUUACUCCCAACUAAAGGGACUUCUGAAUCUGAGAGACUCAUAAUAAGAUACUUACAACACAAGUACAAAAUCCAAUUGGAACCAAAAGAGAAGAAAGAGAACCAUCAAACACCAAAUGCACCUGCACAUCUCCAAAUAGCCAUUCAAGUGAAGAAGGACUGGACAUUGUCGUGGUGGGAACAAUUCUUGAUACUGUCAAAGAGAACAUAUAAGGAAAGAUGCAGAGACUAUUUCGACAAGCUACGAUUGUUUCAAGCACUUGGAGUUGCAAUCCUCCUAGGCCUUCUUUGGUGGAAGUCUGUAACUGCAACCGAGGCUCAGCUUAGAGAUCAGAUUGGUUUAAUGUUCUACAUUUGUAUUUUCUGGACAUCUUCAUCUAUCUUUGGAGCGGUAUAUGUUUUCCCAUUCGAGAAGAUUUAUCUGGUGAAGGAAAGGAAAGCAGACAUGUACAGAUUAAGCGUAUACUAUGUGUGCAGCACUUUGUGUGACAUGGUAGCACACGUUGCAUAUCCCACAUUCUUCAUGUCGAUUCUUUAUUUCAUGGCUGGCUUCAAGAGAACGGUCCAAUGUUUCUUCCUCACAUUAUCUGCAAUCCUCUUGAUUGCAGUAACCAGCCAAGGGGCAGGAGAGCUGUUUGGAGCUGCAGUGAUGAGCAUUAGAAGGGCGGGGAUGAUAGCUUCUUUAAUAUUGCUGUUGUUUCUGCUCACUGGAGGCUAUUAUGUGCAGCACAUUCCAAAAUUCAUGAGAUGGCUGAAAUAUGUGUCAUUCAUGUACUAUGGUUUUCGGCUUUUGUUGAAAGUGCAGUACAGCGGGGAUGAGUUGUACGAGUGUGGAAGUGAAGGCGGAUGCAGGACUCUACAAAGCUCGCCUUCGUUUGACACUGUGAAUCUGAAUGGUGGCCUGAGGGAAGUUUGGGUUCUUCUGGCCAUGGCUCUUGCUUAUAGAUGUUGUGCAUAUUUUUGCCUUCGCCGAAACGUUAACAUCUGCAAUCUUUGA